AUGUCUGCUCUGAAAUCUAUCCAAUCUGUCAGAACUUUUGCCACGUCGGCUCGUCGUGCUUCUUACUACGACACGGUCAAAAACCUCAAAAUCAACUCAAACACAAAAGUCCUCUUUCAAGGUUUCACAGGCAAACAAGGUACCUUCCACGCCCAACAAGCCUUAGACUAUGGUACUAAACUUGUUGGUGGAACAAACCCUAAAAAGGCUGGACAAACCCACCUCGGCUUACCCAUCUUUGGGUCCUUAGCCGAAGGUAUCAAGGAAACUGGAGCUACUGCUUCCGGUAUCUUUGUACCCCCACCAGUCGCUGCAGCUGCCAUUAUGGAAGGCAUUGAGGCUGAAAUCCCCCUCGUCGUCUGCAUUACAGAAGGUAUCCCCCAACACGAUAUGGUCCGUGUUGUUGAUGCCCUUAAAACUCAAUCUAAGACUCGCCUGGUCGGCCCCAAUUGUCCAGGUAUCAUUGCUCCUGAACAAUGCAAGAUUGGAAUCAUGCCUUCCUUUAUCCAUAAGCGUGGCCGUAUCGGUAUUGUUUCGCGUUCAGGUACCCUGACUUAUGAAGCUGUUAACCAAACCACCAAUGUUGGUCUUGGCCAGUCACUCGUCAUUGGUAUUGGUGGUGACCCUUUCCCAGGUACAAACUUUAUCGAUGCUCUUACAGUCUUCCUUGAGGAUGAAGAAACCGACGGUAUCAUUUUGAUUGGUGAGAUUGGUGGUUCUGCUGAAGAAGAUGCUGCUGAGUUUCUUAAGCAGCAUAACCUGACACGCGCCAAGCCUAAGCCUGUCACUUCCUUCAUUGCUGGUAUUUCUGCUCCUCCCGGUCGUCGCAUGGGUCACGCUGGUGCCAUUAUUGCAGGAGGUAAAGGUGGUGCCAAUUCCAAGAUUGAGGCUCUGGAAGCUGCUGGUGUUGUUGUUGAAAGAUCCCCAGCACGUCUUGGUAAGACUCUUUACGAACAAUUUGUUAAGAAUGAUUUAUUGUAA